AUGACACCACCAAGAUAUGGACAACGUAAUUCUGAUAACCGCAGAGUCUAUUCAAACCUUGAGGUAACAGAUGAUUCUGCGAUAGCACAAGGAAAUAACCAUUGCUAUGAACACGAACAUGAGUCGACCGGGAGAAAUCCGACGGAUUCACAUAUGGGCUAUGAGCAAGAAGAACGAUAUGAGGAUCUGAGGGAGAGGAAUCAAGCACCUGAUAUGUAUGGAUCAAGGCGGAAUUUUGCAACAACACAUAAUCCAAGGCAGAAUGAAUCUGAGUUCAUGCACCGGGAAAGAACGCCCGAGCCACGUUGUAGGCAAGAACAGAGGACAGCUGGGAGUUCUGAUCCUCUUAUAGUAUUAGUACAAGGCUUGCUAGAUAGACUUGAUCAUAGAACCGGUGAAUUAUCAGAGCGAAGACCAUCCUCCCCUCCUGAUUACCUGAAGAUGGUCACGUUAAUGAAGAAAUUUGGAACCGUUAGAUAUCCUGGAGGAACAGAUCCCUUCGAAGCGUCAACAUGGCUGAGGAAUUUGGAGAAAAACUUUCGGGCGAUCCACUGCCCUGAUAAUUUCAAGAAGGAUGUGGAAAUAUACUACUUGACCAAAGAUGCUUCUGAUUGGUGGGAUAACGUGGAAGAAUACUAUAUGGGAAGAGAGAUCGAUUGGGAAGAUUUUAAAACGGAAUUUGAACGGAAAUACUUCCCACCUGAAGCAAAAGACCGGCUGGAGAUUCAAUUUUUGGAGUUAACUCAAGGCAACCGGAAAGUCAGGGAGUAUGAGGCAGAGUUUACAAAGCUAAGGAAAUAUUCUCCUUAUGGAGCAAGGAAUGAAGGUGCACUAAUUCGAAGGUUUAUAAGAGGAUUGCGAGCGGAUUUGGCUAGCCGACUGCAAGUAGUGAAGUUUCAUAGCCUUUAUGAAUUGGCGGAGAUAGCGGUAAAUGUUGAAGAAGGUAUGGAAAAGGAGCAAGCCAUGAUGAAACAUGCAGAGCCAUCUCGCAGAACUGAAGUGCUAGGAGUACGAAGAAUGAAUAAUAAAGGACAAUUUAAUCGAGGGAGAGGCCAAGGAAGAAGGAAUGACAGACGGUUUACGAAUGGCCCAGAUGUGUGUUACACUUGUGGUGGUACAGGACAUUUUUCUAGCAGUUGUCCUUAUAGUCAGGGAAGAAAAGCCCCUGAUUAUAUUACUUGCUUCUCGUGUGGUGAGAAAGGGCAUUAUGCCAACAGUUGUCCCCAUAAGAGACAAGUUACGCUUCCAGCACCACCCACUAGACUAGCGAUUGAACCAGCCCCGAAGCGCCAGGCAGUUGGAAAGCAAGUGAAUGCUUUAGAGUUAGGAAAACCCGAACCACAACAGCCCCAUCAGGGACCGAUCACAGGAACAUUGUGUGUUGGUGGAGUUUAUGUGCAUGUUCUCUUCGACUCGGGUGCCACACAUAGCUUUGUGAUACCCGAGGUAGUGUCGAGUUUUAAGGGAACCUUUACUAGAGUAAAGGUAGGUGUUUCAGUUAGAAUCCCUGGGAACCAUAACCUUCGUGCCGAUAGUUGUGUACUUGGGAUUCCAAUCUAUGUAGGAUCAACGGUAUAUCCGGCAAACCUGCUAGUUGUUCCUUUAGGACAACACGAAGUGAUUUUGGGGAUGGACUGGCUGUCGAGAUACUACGCACGGUUGGAUUGUGGUCGAGGAAGAAUUACACUUGAAGAAAGAGGACAACCAUCAACAACAUACUAUGGAAUAUGUCCAAGUGCUGGAGUGUCACUUGUAUCUGCCUUAAGAGUUGAGAAAGAUUUGAUCGAGGGCGAGGUAUAUCUUGUAACUCUAACUACCCUUGGAGGAGAAUUGAAUGAAGGGACAAAGUUGGAAGAGAUAGCAGUAGUAAAAGAAUACCAGGAUGCAUUCCAGCCAUUGGAAGGAUUGCCUCCACCACGAAGUGAUCCUUUCACCAUUACAUUAGAGCCGGGAGCAGCCCCAAUAGCUAAGGCACCUUAUCGAAUGGCUCCAGCCGAGCUUGCUGAAUUAAAGAAGCAGUUGCAAGAUUUGAUAGAAAAAGGAUUUAUCAGACCGAGUUCUUCACCAUGGGGAGCACCAGUCUUAUUUGAAAAGAAGAAAGACGGUACCAUGCGGUUAUGCAUCGAUUAUAGAGGGAUUAACAAUGUUACAGUAAAGGACAAGUAUCCCUUGCCAAGGAUCGAUGAAUUGUUGGAUCAGCUUCAGGGGGCAAGCUGGUUCUCAAAGAUAGAUUUGGCAUCGGGAUAUCAUCAAAUCUCAAUAUCAGAGUCCGAUAUCAUGAAGACGGCUUUUAGGACCCGGUAUGGCCACUAUGAAUUUGUGGUAAUGCCUUUUGGUCUUACUAAUGCGCCGGCUGCUUUCAUGCGCUUGAUGAAUGAUAUAUUUCGUGAUUACUUGGAUAAAUUUGUAAUCAUCUUUAUUGAUGAUAUACUUAUUUAUUCCAAGAGUAAAGAGGAACAUGCAGAACACCUCCAAAAGGUGUUGGAGCGAUUAAGAAGCCAUAAGUUGUUCGCCAAGUUUAGUAAAUGUAGUUUCUGGAAAAGGGAGAUUGGAUUCCUUGGUCAUCGAGUGUCAGAGAAGGGAGUUGCAGUAGAUCCUGAAAAGGUUAAAGUAGUUAAGGACUGGCCACGCCCUACCAGCGCUACCGAGGUUCGAAGCUUUCUAGGAUUAGCUGGGUAUUAUCGAAAGUUUGUGAGGAACUUUUCCAUCAUGGCCAAACCCUUGACGAGGCUGACUGGAAAAGAUAUAUCAUUUGAAUGGGAUAAGAAAGAGGAAAAGGCUUUUACACAAUUAAAGGAAGCUUUGACGACAGCACCUAUUCUUGCAUUACCUACUCCAGGAAGACCUUACACAGUAUACACUGAUGCUUCUCGAGUAGGACUGGGUUGUGUACUGAUGCAGGAUGAAAAGGUCAUCGCCUAUGGUUCAAGACAGUUAAGGAAGCACGAGGAGAAUUACCCCACCCACGAUCUAGAGAUGGCCGCAGUGGUAUUUGCUUUAAAAAUAUGGAGAUCCUAUCUUUAUGGCGAGACGAUUCAAAUCUUUACUGAUCACAAGAGUCUCAAGUAUCUCUUUACUCAGUCAGAUUUGAAUUUGAGACAAAGGAGGUGGAUGGAGUUUAUCACGGAUUAUGACUUACAAAUCCAAUAUCACCCAGGAAAGGCGAAUGUGGUAGCAGAUGCACUGAGUCGGAGGAGAAGUGAUACAGCUAUUGAGAAGGACUUAGAAGCCUUAAACGCAUAA